AGACUAUAUAUUUUCGUGAACCCUUGGGCUUCGAAUUUCGGUAUAAAAGCCUGUCAGAAAUCAUUUUCAUUCAUCAGUUCUUUUCCGGAACAUUUCAAGUACACUCCUACAACUUCCAAACAUGAACAAGUUCGUUGUUUUGGCCACAUUGUUCGCUGCGGCUAUCGCUGCCGAGUUGCCAGCUUACUCGAAGCCGUCGUACCCUGCACCAGCUUAUCCAGCUGAAGCUUAUUCAACUUCGACUCCUGCUGCUUAUACAACCAAGGCUGCUUAUCCGGCACCAGCCCCUGCUUACCAGAAAGCAAGCAGUGAACAACCAGCCUAUAGCAAACCUGCCGAAGAAGAUCAUCCACCGAUGCCAUUCAGCUUCGCUUACGAAGUUAAGGACGAUCCCACUUACCAGGACUUUUCGCACAAUGAGAACAGUGACGGCAAAAUCAUCUCUGGAUCUUACCGUGUAUCUCUCCCUGAUGGCCGCAUUCAAAUUGUCAGCUACAAAGCUGACGAGAAAGGAUACGUCGCCGACGUGAAAUACGAAGGAGAGGCCAAAUACGACGAAUACAAACCCGCCGCUACCUCGGCUUAUCCCAAAUCAGCAUCUCCAGUGGAAUCGGCCUACCCUAAGCCAGCCUAUCAAACUGAAGACGCUUAUUCCAAGCCCGUUUACACAACUGAAAAGGCUUACCCCAAGCCAACAUCCUCUGAAAAGCCUUCCUACUCCAAGCCUGCCUACACAACUGAAAAAGCUUAUUCCAAACCCGCCUACACGACUGAAAAAGCUUAUUCCAAGCCAACCACCACUGAAAAACCCGCAUAUUCCAAGCCGGCCUACCCAGCUGAGCCCGCUUACCCUAAGCCUUCUUACCCAGUCGAGCCUGUCUACCCCAAGCCUUCCUAUCCAUCGGAAUCCGCGUACGCUAAGCCCACCUACCCUAAGCCAGCCUAUCCAUCUGAGCCAACUUACCCGAAGCCUUCCUAUUAAACCUGAAUAUUGUUGUGGAACAUGAUUAUGUAAACAAAGGCAAUUCAUCAAUCUCAAUUCUACCGGACACGUUUUGUAAUUUAAACAAAAGAUUUGAAAUAACAAUAAACAUAUGUCUCAUUGAAA